AUGUCCCAUUCGUGGCUUCAGAGGAAGCGCAAAGCUGAUUUGAUUGACCUUGCGCAGAAGGCUAGACUUCCCGAUGCCGACGGCUAUCUGAAAGACGAUCUCGUGCAGAUUCUUGAAAACCAUCUCAACUCCAACGAGGGCAUUUUUGCCAAACUUCCCGAGUUUCGCGACUACUAUGGCCGAAAUGGAUCGCCGAUAAAGCGCGAACAGUCUUCGCCGGCAGAGCCGUUGACAGCUACCAAAACGACGCGUCGUCGAACUCUUAACAAGGAAGUCUCCCCAGAGUCUACUCCCAUCACCACGUCUACCCCCGCCAUUACGCCUGAGAUUCGCAGCGUUGUGGCGCGUACGCCAAAGCCGAGAGCUGUCUCUCGUCGUGUUUCUGAGAUUGUUUCUGAAGUCGAACCCCAAGCCAAAGUCGUUUCGCGCCGCGUUUCCGGAGUGCUCUCUGAAGCCACACCGAAAGCCGUCUCUCGUCGCGUUUCUGAAGUGUUCAAUCAAGUCGACAUUCCAGCAUCACCUGCCCAAUUGGCUGAGGUCGCAGACCAGUCUUUCCAAGAAAUCCAGACCAAGGCUGGUGAGCUAUGGGACAGGACUCGGAUCGAUGAGCUUAAGGAAUUUAUUCGCGAAAACGCAAGCUCGGUGGCUACAAUCCAGACAAUCAUCCUGCUUGUGGAAGCUGUAGGACUGCAGUGGAACACACUCGACACAACCCCAUUAUUCGCCACACCCCCUGCCCUCAGCUCAUACUCCAACAGCCAAGACGUCCGAGGACCAAACCUCUAUGCGCUCCUCUCGGCUGAGUGGUGGUCACCAGCCACUCUCUGGUCGCUCACUAGCUGGGUGCUACCGCUCAUGUUCUCAUACUUCUUCAACCUGACUCUUCGCACAAACACCUCGCGCAAGUCUUCGGACCGUCAAUAUCCUGCUGAUCCCCUCAUCUUUAACAUUGCGCGAGCAAUCUUGUCAUACAGCGCCUACCGAGAGACUGUCAACAUGGCAUUCGCACCUAGUGCCUGGGGUCCCUUCUCCGAGUAUGCUGUUGCGCGUGUGGGGAACAAUGUGCCAGGAGGAUACUACGGGCUGCAAAUUGGCUCGCUAGUUGGCAUACUUGUCAGUCUAUACGACGCUGCACUGAAGAAGUAG